CAGGCAGUGAAGAAGCAGUGAUGAUCUGUUCUGUUCCUGGAGGUGUGAAAACAGCUGCUGCACCUCCAGGCCAGUCUCUGGUUUCUUUUGAGGAGGUGGCCCUGUAUUUCACCGAGGCAGAGUGGGCACUGCUAGAUCCAUACCAAAGAGCUCUUUAUGAAGACGUCAUGCUGGAGAACUAUGAGAGCGUGGCUUCUCUGGGAAGGGAUGAGCAGUGGAAUGAGGGUGAUGCGACAGUGCUCAAUAAAAUUCAGAAUGAAGAUUUCGAAGGAAUCUUCAGGAAUCGAGGUGGACCUAUUGUGCAGAAAGGAAGUCACAUGCCUGAAAAUAGGGAUAAACUUAUUUUAUGCCAACAGCAGGAUUUCAGUGAACUAAUCCAAGCAGCAGAGGCAGCAUAUAAGUGCCUGGAAUGUGGGAUGACUUUCUCAGAUCAAAGCCAAUAUGAGAUCUAUCUGCAAAUGCACAAUGGAAAGAAGACCCAUCAAUGCUUGGAGUUUGGAAAGAAUUAUGUUUGCAGAACAGAACUACCUAGCUAUCAAAGAACUGAUGAAGUAGAGAAACCUCAUAGGCGUGCAAACUGUGGCAAAUGCUUCUCACAAAAAUCAGAUGUUUCUCAAAACCAUUGUGGGACUCAUUCAAGAGAGAAUCCAUCAAUCCACAUAGAGAGUGGAAAGGCCUUUGUUAUAAAAAAGGGUAAUGUACAUCUUACAAAGCACAAUAUAAUAAGGGCUCAUAAAUGUUUUUGGUGUGGAAAAUUCUUCAGCUGCAGAUCAAAGCUCCAGGUGCACCAAAAAACUCACACAAAGGAGAGACCUUUUGAAUGCUCAGAGUGUGGAAAGAGAUUCAGUCGGAACUGCAUUCUUCAACAGCAUCAAAAAACUCACACAAAGGAGAGACCUUUUGAAUGCUCAGAGUAUGGAAAGAGAUUCAGUUCUAGAAAGGAUCUUCAACGGCAUCAAAGAACUCAUACAGGGGAGAGACCUUUUGAAUGCUCAGAGUGUGGAAAGAGAUUCAGUCAGAGUUGCAAUCUUCAACAGCAUCAAACAACUCACACAAAGGAGAGACCUUUUGAAUGCUCAGAGUGUGGAAAGACAUUCAUUAGGCGUGGCCAUCUUCAACGGCAUCAAAGAACUCAUACAGGGGAGAGACCUUUUUUCGGAUGCUCUGAGUGUGGAAAGAGAUUCAGUCAGAGUUGCAAUCUUCAACAGCAUCAAACAACUCACACAAAGGAGAGACCUUUUGAAUGCUCAGAGUGUGGAAAGACAUUCAUUAGGCGUGGCCAUCUUCAACGGCAUCAAAGAACUCAUACAGGGGAGAGACCUUUUGAAUGCUCAGAGUGUGGAAAGAGAUUCAGUCGGAACUGCACUCUUCAACAGCAUCAAAGAACUCAUACAGGGGAGAAACCUUUUGAAUGCUCAGAGUGUGGAAAGAGAUUCAGUCGGAAUCACACCCUUCAAAUGCAUCAAAGAAUUCACACGAAGGAGAGACCUUUUGAAUGCACAGAGUGUAGAAAGAGAUUCAGUCAGCGUGGCCAUCUUCAAAAGCAUCAAAGAAUUCACAGAAAGGAAAAACCUUUUGAAUGCUCAGAGUGUGGAAAGAGAUUUAAUGGAAGUGACACUCUUCAACAACAUCAAAGAACUCACAGAAAGGAGAGACCUUUUCAAUGCUCAGAGUGUGGAAAGAAAUUCAGUCUGAGUAGCCAUCUUCAACAGCAUCAAAUAACUCACAGGAAGGAGAGACCUUUUGAAUGCUCAGAGUGUGGAAAGGGAUUCAGUCAGAGUGACCAUCUUCAAAAGCAUGAAAGAUCUCACAUAAAAGAGAGACCUUUUGAAUGCUCAGUAUGUGAAAAGAGAUUCCGUUGGAAUAAUGCUCUUCAAUGCCAUCAAAGAACUCACACAAAAGAGAGACCUUUUGAAUGCUUAGAAUGUGGAAAGAGAUUCAGUCAGAAUGGCACUCUUUAUGGGCAUCAAAGAACUCACACAAAAGAGAGACCUUUUGAAUGCUUAGAAUGUGGAAAGAGAUUCAGUUGCAAUAGCUCUCUUCAACGGCAUCAAAGAAUCCAUACUAAGGAGAGACUUAGUCAACUAGCCACUCCGCUUGUCUAGUUGACUUGUUCUUUUUGUGUUCUUUUCUUCUUCAUCCUCUGAUUCUUAAAUGUGUUCUUCUUAUUCCUAUGUGUACAUCACUGAAAUACUGCAUUGGAACUGUUCAUUCUUUUUCUGUAAACUUUUGGUUCGUCUUCUCACUCAUCCAUCUAGGUUUUUAAUUUCAUUUGACUGCAAAAAUAGCCUUUCCACAGUUCAAGAGCUUAAUUGGUAACCCCCCGCCUCUUUUCUUCUUUCUAUCUUUAUCCAACCAUUCUGGGAAUUAUCAGUUAUUUAAUAUUCUUUCUAGAAUUGUGUCGCUGCCCCAACCUUGCUCAAAGACAGGAAUGAGUACUUCAAGAGUAGAAUUCUUGUUUUAUGAAUGGCCAGCAUAGGAAAGCUAAAACAUUUUUUUCUCUUAAUGGUCAGAUCGUUAUGAGCAACAGAUUAUAUGUUCCCAGCAGAAAUGUGUCAGGCCACUCCACUUUGCUACUCAGGCAGGACACAGAAUUUCCAGAAAAGGAGGGAGGAGAGGACAAAAGCAAAGGCUGUUUUACCCAGACAUACACAUUUGGAAAGGGAGAUAACAUACUUGAUAACUCUCUUUCUAAGGCUGAAAGCUUGAGAAGGUAAAGAACAAUGUGGCGGCAAGUGAGCGAAAUUAGCAAGGGUUAUGACAGAAUGCAAGUCAUAUCUCUGAGACUGUGCAAAAUAUAUCUUGGCUGCGGUAAAAAUUCAACUGGCCUUUCAUUGAGAGCCUAGUUGAAAACCCAGCUAGUUAAAAACUCAGUGGUUCUGUGGCUAUUUUAAUUGGAGUUUUGAUUUGCUAUCUUAUAAUAUGUAAUUAAAAUGUUUAAUUGUUGUUAAAGCACUGAUUUUUUCUUUCCCAUGUAAUUCCAUUAUUGUUACAGUAUUUUGUCUGAAAGCCUAUGUGCUACAUACAUGUAUUUUAAUAAACGAAAUGAAAAUAAACCAGCCAACCCCUCAUCUCCCCUGUCUCACUCCUUUAAAUGAUACGUGUUCUUCAUACCCC